GAGGUUACUGAAAAAGGUGGAUCCAGAUAACGCUCUGCCACAAACCUACGAGGUACAAAUGUUCAUAGGAGGGUUGCAAGGUAAGAUAGCAUUCAUGUUAUCCAUAAUUGAUUCAGAAACUUUAGAAGAUGCAAUGGCAAAAGCAAAAAAGAUAGAAGCCAGAGACUAUUAUGGAGGGUUAUCAGUCGAAGAAGUCAGACAUACCCCUUUGGAAGACAUACAAGAGUUGGCCACCAAUUAUGCCAAGCUCGCCAUGACAGUUUCGACUCAAUCUGGAUCCAGGACGAGGAGUAAAAUAGACAUACAGGAUGUAACUUGUUUCAAGUGUAGAAAAAAGGGACACUAUGCAAGAAGCUGCAUAACAGAAGGAACAAAACCGCAGAGUGCCACACCAGUAACACCAGUAGAACAUGAAGCCGAGGUCUGCUAUGUGGAAUUAGAAGAGUGA